CGUUCACCCUCGACACCAUCGCCAUCGCCUUACAGUCCGUGUAAUACGUCGAUCGCCUACUCGUACGCCUCACAGUCUGCAGCUUCAUCCCUUGAUCACCCCCGCCUCUAGACGACAACGCUGCUCCGACGACCAUGAUGGGUUGGUGGUCCUCAUCCGCCAACACGGCUCUAGACGAGCAGAUCGAAAAGGCCACCAGCAGCAGCCUCGAAGACAUUGCCCUGAAUCUCGAGAUCUCCGAUGUAAUCAGAUCCAAGACUGUUCAGCCAAAGGAGGCUAUGCGCUCUUUGAAGAAGCGCAUAGGCAACCGCAACCCGAAUACACAGCUGAGUGCACUCAACCUAACUGAUACCUGUGUCAAGAAUGGAGGCACCCACUUCCUUGCCGAAAUCGCCUCAAGAGAGUUUAUGGACAACCUGGUGUCACUUCUCCAAGCUGUGGGGGCGGUGGCUGUAAACGCUGAGGUCAAAGCCAAAAUCCUCGAGCUUGUGCAAUCGUGGGCACCCCCCGAAUGGAUAGACUCCGACGUCUGCAUGCGAUGCCGAACUGCCUUCACCUUCACAAACCGGAAACACCACUGCCGAAACUGCGGAAACUGCUUCGACCAGCAAUGCUCGAGCAAGUCCAUACCACUUCCACACCUCGGCAUCCUCCAAGCAGUCCGUGUUGACGAUGGCUGCUUUGCGAAGCUUUCUGAUAGGGGCGGCCGCGGAAGCCAGGCAGGCGCGUCGCAAGAUAGGACGCCGACUUAUCCGCACAAGACACGGAGUACCUCCGCCAUGCAGCCACGGAGCGCUCGAGCCGACGAGGGUUUCGACGAGGAUCUUAAGAAGGCGUUGGCUAUGAGUUUGGAAGAGGUCAAGGGCCACUCCAAGGGAUAUGUUGAGCCGAAAGUCAACGCCCCGACAGACGCAAACGCCGGUGGCAAAUCCGCUGCCGCUAGACAGGCUGAGGAUGACGAUGAUGACCUCAAAGCUGCCAUAGCUGCAUCGCUGGCAGAUAUGGAGGAACAAAAGCAGCGACAUGCGGCCGCGUUCAAGGAACAAACGUUCACAGCGCCGUCUGCUGCGACAUCCACUUUCGCACUUCCGAAGAACGAUUACGAGUUGACUCCGGUCGAAGCCGAAAACAUCAACCUAUUCGCAACGCUUGUCGACAGGCUUCAGACGCAACCCCCCGGCACAAUUUUGAGAGAGCCGCAGAUUCAGGAGCUGUAUGACAGCAUUGGUGCCCUGAGGCCGAAGCUUGCGCGGACAUAUGGAGAGACUAUGAGCAAACACGGUCAGUUCACCUCUGAUCGCAGUCGUAAGACUUUCAAACUAACCACGCAUGCAGAUACACUGUUGGACCUCCACGCCAAGCUAUCCACCGUGGUGCGAUAUUACGACAGGAUGCUGGAGGAGCGCCUAUCCAAGGCAUAUCACCAACACACCAUUGGAGGCUACAACAUGCCGCCACCCCGCCAAACUUCCUACCCAUCUAUCCAGGGCGGCGUUCCAGGCGCGGCCGAGAACUUCUACACUGGCGAGCAGCGACAGGACUACGGACAAGCGCCGCAAAUGUACCCACCACACCCCCAGCAAACCCCACAGCCGCAGUAUGCAUCUUACAACCAUACGGGCGCUGUUUCAGGUCCUCCUACAGGACAAUAUCCUCAUCAGGGAGUCCAGCGAACCGAUAGUUGGAGGAGCGGGACAGGGCCUCCUGAAGGUCAGUAUCCUCCAUCGGGAUACCCAGCCGAAGCUCCACCUGCGCCAACAAAUAUACACCAUGCUCAUGGCCAACCCGCCGAGACGCCUUCCGCCGACCCGAACACCACGGCAGCAUCAUAUUAUUACAAUCCUCAACAACCUAGCGCCCCACCAUCAGCGCCGCCCAGCGUCGACCCUAAUGCGUCUCCCUAUCCUAACCUCCAACAGCAACAACACUACCAUCAACCUCCCCGGACCGCAACAGACGCCUGCCCCGGGCAGCGCGCCUUGCAGGCCAGCCUAACCAGCACCCAGCUCCACCCUUCGCAACAGAACUACUGGCAGCCUUCAGUACCGCAGCAAUCCUCACAGCAGCAGCAACCAUGGAAUGGUCAGCAGCAGCAGCAGCAAUAUCCCGGGUAUCCGCAGGAGUCGGCGCCAUCGGCCUCGCAGGCUGCCCCGAAACAGCCAGCUGUGGAAGAAAGCCUGAUUGAGCUGUGA